GUUGUGGUAUGUUGUUCGGAGAAAACAUUUGAUAAGAGAAUAUGUCGGCAAGUAGGCAAUUGUUUGUUUAUUUCUUCUUGGUCUCAUUUUAUAACUACAGCCUUUCCCUCCUCACUUACCAACUCCUUACUUGGGCUAAUGUUCAUUAGAUGGCUUAGUUAGUUCUCCCAACUCAUACAGAACGAAAAUCUUAUUUUUAAAACCACAAGAAUGCCCAUUUGUGGCUGAACUUGGAUGAUAUUGCACUAAUGAACAUAUAUCCACCUUAUCCUGUGUCAUAGGCUGAAGACUAACAUAACACAAACAAGUGGACUAAACUGCACCCACAACAGAGCUGAACAGACAAUGGAAAAAUAAAUAUCACGAUCCAAUGCACACGAACAAGCAACGUAAUUUCUAAAUAUUAUGUUACUUAACGAGAUGUGCCGUUUUUGUCUAUUGAUUUAUAUUCUAAAAAAAGACCACUGUCCGGGCCCUCCAAUGCCAAUGGGACGUUUUAAAAAAAGGUAGAACAAAACAAUGAGGGGUAUUAAUAUUGGUAAUAAAACAUUUUUUUAAAAGUGUGAUUGGUGCGUUUGAUAUUAUCAUCCUAGAGAAUCACUAUCUAAAUUCUGAGAAAGAACAUUGUUUUGCAGAAUCGAUCAGCACGACCACAUUGCAAAUUAGUUAAACAAAACCAAAGAAAGUAGAUUUUGUCCAAAACAGACAAAUAUUAACAAUUGCCCAUACCUUAUGUUGAUGAGUAACAUUCGGGACAUCCUUUAGUGUGUUCUCUGUCUCAUGGACUAGUCUCUUCACUUCUGCUUGCACCUGAGUAAGUUCUUUCUAAAAUGUACACACAUUUAGUAAUUAUUAACAUAAAAAAGCAUCACACUUGACCAAUAUAUUCAUGAAAGAAAGAAAAAAAAUGUGGUGGUGUUAACAGUUAUUUAACAUACUUGUCUCUGCUUCCUCUCUUCCGCAGGUUUUAGCACGCUGUGUCCUUUGUGUCCAUGGUAACAACACACCUCGCACACAUACUCCCUGUCCUCAUGGCAAAAGAGGUCCAGGGGCCGGUUGUGUUUUGGACAAGGUCUGGAAGUCGAUGUGGGAAGCUGAGGGUACACACUGCCUUCCUGUGAUCCCAUAUAUGUUCUAUAUCCAAUAUCCCUAUCCCAUAACUCCAGGUAGACAGGCUCUGACGGUGGAGCACAAGAGAACAUCGAAGAGCCACUUUGUGUGAGGGUGUUGGUCCUCAGCUUCUCCAUAGCUUCCACGAGAACCGUGCUCUUAGCCAGUGUAGGUCGAGGAUUGAAGCGCUGCCGGCAUUGGGGGCAUCUGUACUGGCCCUUGCUGUCCCCUUUGUCCCAGUGGCUUUGGAUACAAGCCAAACAGUAAGAGUGUCCACAGGGUAGAGUUGCUGGGUCCUUCAGGCUCUCCAGGCAUACGGAGCACGCAAAGGUCUCUUCUUCAGCCCAGGCAGCGGCCGCCAUGAGUGUGAUGGGGUCAGGAACUCCGCUUUCCAAGGCGUCAGAAGUCACAAGAGGCAAGUUGUUCCCUCGAGCUGAGGAAACACACUAGAUAGUAGAUUGUAAAAUGACAGGUCACAUCAUUGGCACGCUACUUAAACAGUAGCAGCUUGGGCUCUUAAACCAGUUUACCUGGUUCUGGAGAGUUUCUCUCUAAAUAGGGCGGUUUAAAUCUGUGAAACUAUAUGGUUUUAUGGUUAUGUUUAUGUGUUUACUCUUUCCAGACUACAUAUUCAUAGUGUAUUUAAUAUGAUGACACUAACAAUAAUUAAUUAUUGUGUUUACAUUAUGGCAUAUAAGGGUUUGUUUACUCUGUCAUUUUCCAAUAGGGGGGUAGGAAUAGAGAAUGUACUGAUAAAAAGGAAAUAAAAAAGAAAAGUGUUAUACAAAAGGAAAGAAAAUAAGCAAGGAGUAAAAAAAAUAAAGAAAAUUAACUUAAGCUACAAAUUAACAUAAACUAUAUAAUGUAAAUACGAGUAGAUAAAAUACAAAUAUUGUAGAUUGAACAAAAAUAGAAAAUAAAUUAUACAAAACUGUUUGAAAUUCCUAUGCGUGGUUAAUUUAAUGUGCUGCCAUGGGACAUUUUAAAAGAUAUUGUAUUGGUGACUGGUGAGUGGUGAUGUAAACAGCAAGGAAUGCAGGGUUUGCCCAACAUGUCGUCAGACUCUGUAAAAAAAAAACCCCCAAAAAAAACAAAGUGCUAUUCUUACCUGCCUUGUUGACACUAAUUGGACAAAAAUGAUGUGAAACAGGUUUUGCGUCGUGACUGCGCAGUGAGAGGGCAACAGUGACGAACAUGAAAAGACCCGGCGCCAUUUUGACUUAUGGCUGCCGGUUAGCUUGGCGGCAGGCUACAAAUGCAGUGUAUUCAACUUUCCAGCAUGUUCCGGGGCCCACAGAUGGGGAUUGGGUCAUUGCUGCGACUAAUUGAGGCCCACACAAGUGCUGGAUGGUGUCUAAAAGAAUCCUUCCUGCACACAGAGACUUCCAAACUAUUGUGUUCUUUUUGGAAACACACUGAAGUGGAGGAUUAUGUCCAGAACCAAAAAACUGUGAAUGCGCAUCAGGACUUUGUAUCCGGUCUUCCACCCUGGAGAAGACGUGGGAACAUUUUCAAGCCGUCGCACUCGCAUUUCACUAAUAAAAGUUACGGUAAUCAUUUCAGUAAUGGACAAAGAUCUUUACAAUGGUUAAAAAUCCAGAACAAAGCACAGGCAUAUAGCCACUCAUUUAACCAAACCAGAGCAGUUCUUGGUGCUUGGAGUGAUUGUCUAACACAGGAAAAUGAAAACAGGUGUCGACAACUCCUGGGGCCUAAUGUGACAAUGUAUAAAGUGGACAAAGAGAGAAAAGGGGGCAGUCUGAGCAAAGGAAAAAGUCAGGGAAGAUGGGCGUCCAUUCUAGUGUCUCUCUGUAGUGUAGGAAAUGAACCGGCAUUUCUCUUCACGCUGCGCUCCAGAACGCUCACGGGCAGGCACAAAGGAGACGUCAGCUUUGCUGGGGGCAAGAGUGAUCCGUCAGACACUGAUGUGGUGGCCACUGCACUGAGAGAGGCACGGGAGGAGCUCGGUGUCAGUGUCUCUUCAGAAAGGGUGUGGGGUGUUCUCAAGCCUCUUAGGGACAUGUCAGGGAUGAUGGUUGCUCCUGUGCUGGCUAAUGUUGGUCCUUUCGAGGAGUUAUCCUUCAAACCAAACCCAGGAGAGGUGGAAGAGAUUUUCACAUUGUCCGUGCCCCAUUUGUGCGACCCUCAAAACCGUGGCUACACACACUUCCGCACAGGGGACAAGUACGGCUACACGUUGCCGGUGUUUCGUAACGGGAAGCAUCGAGUGUGGGGACUGACUGCUGUUGCCUUAGACCAGACGCUGAAGCUUCUUGUCCCGCCACAACUGCAGUGAAGGUUGAAGAUUUUCGUAUUUGAAAAUGUUCAAUCAAGUUUAGUGUGGCACAUUCAUCUGAAUACCACUCUCCUGGGUAGUUUAACCUAUACAUGAUUACUGUAUUAUUACAUAAAUAUUCACAUAGGGAAAACCUUCCCUAAAAAUCCUGUGAUGUGAAAUGAGCAGCUUUAAUAUGAAUCAAACAACGUUUUAUUUAGAUGUUAAAAAAAUAUUUGCACAGACUAAAAAAACUAGUUAUUUAUGAUGCAAAGCUAUAUAAGCUAUAUAUGCGAACACCUUUAUAGUAUACGUACACACAUCACAAUGUGGUGUGUUGAAGAACAAAUGCAUUAAAGAAACUGAAAAGUUUGUUGAAAGUAGUUUUUAUUGGUCAUGUAUUUCUAACAAGACAAAUCGUGUGGCUAGUAUGCCAAGUUGAUUUGCUGGACGUCAUUGCAAAUUUAUCUGUGGACAUAAAUCAUUGCGAUGAUUUGCAAAGGGUGAAUCAAGGCAAAUGGACUCUUUUUUUUUGAAGACUUUUUGCCCAAAAAAUUUAGGUGUGGAGUUUCAUUAUUUAUGUCCCUGUGGGCAUUUCCCGAGUAGAAAUAGCUUCCACCCCCCACACCUGUCUCAAACAAGCGGCCCACCACUGUAAGAGACCAAACAACCCUUAAAGAAACGCAUGGCACGGCAUAGGAGAGCAAACUACAAAACACCACUAAAUAGAGGAGAAAGUUUACACCAAUGCUUACAACAAUGUCCUCUCUUCCCCAAAGAUUGUCUCCAUCCACAGGAAGUUGUUUUGCCACCAGGAUUUAGUAUGCAGGACGGUCAUUCACCAGUCAUGUCGGGUAAUCAUUUUUUUUAUUUUUAUUUUUUAUUUUUUUGUCGGGUAAUCAUAACAACAACUAUUGGGACAUAAACACCACAGACAUAAAUAGAGAGACUGCUUGCCUAAAAUUUUAGAACUGAAGAAGCCUUUUGGACAAAUACGGAAACGUCUUUAACAAACAAGAGGAGUCCAAUUCCCUCGAUUCACCCAUUACGGAUUAUCACAACAUGGAUAACUGAGAAUCACAGUCAUAAUUGUGAUGGACUAUGAACCCUUGCUGAGAAGGCAUAUCAUUCUAGUCUUGAGUGAGGCAUUUGUUUUGGUGCUAUGUUUUUCUGUUAUGUUUGUUGGAUAUUUAAACCGAUUACAGUCAACCCGCUACUUUAGCAGUGCCCAUGAUUGUAUAUGUUGGUGGUGCUGUUGUGCAAGGUGCUACAAACUCGUAGUUUCAAAUCAGGAUGAAGUAAAAUAAAAUGGCUUUGACUGUU